UUUAUAUAAAACCCUCUAAACCCACGAACCCCUCUCAUAGUAUUAGGGUUUCAUUUUUUCAGUGAAGCUAAAGAGAGAGCCGCCGUUGCAGAACCUCACCCACACAGCGCAAUGGCCAGAAUCAAGGUACACGAGCUGAGGCAGAAGUCGAAGGCCGAUCUUUUGGCCCAGCUCAAGGAUCUCAAGGCGGAGCUGGCCCUCCUCCGCGUCGCCAAGGUCACCGGUGGAGCACCCAACAAGCUCUCCAAGAUUAAGGUUGUGAGGCUUGGGAUUGCUCAGGUGUUGACAGUGAUCUCUCAGAAGCAGAAGGCUGCGUUGAGGGAAGUGUACAAGAACAAGAAGCUCUUGCCUCUUGAUCUUCGUCCCAAGAAGACCAGGGCCAUUCGCCGAAAGCUCACCAAGCACCAGGCAUCUUUGAAGACUGAACGUGAGAAGAAGAGGGAGAUGUACUACCCCUUGAGGAAGUUUGCCAUCAAGGCAUAGAGUGUUGGUUUGCUUAAGUUAGAAAAUCUAUCUUCUGUAAUAGAAACUUCUGGUCACAAGUUUUGAUUUUGAAUUAAUAUGUUGAACAUGAGAUUCUGGUGUUUAAUUUGACUUCUCUAGGUUGGGUAUCACCCGAACCGAUUAUGUGUUCUUCUCCGGUGCAAUGGUAGUUUAAAUUUCUUUUAGAUUUC